AAACAAAAGCCUUCACCCACGCUGCUCUUGACUGAACGAGAUGCACCCCUGACCUAAUGAUCCUUCCCGCAGUUGACACUGAUCUCAGAUCUCCUCCCCAAUUUCACCAUAAAGCAGGCCGAACUACUGGAGCCUCCAAUCUGCGCAGGACUGUUUUCUGUCACUCUGCUGUGGGUGCCGUUACUUACAGGAACAUACAGGAGACAUAUUCAACGAAUAUCUGUUAUAGCGGUGGUCCUCACUCCCGUUCCUGGAGAGCCGCAGGGCGUAUUGUGUUUUUCCCCUUAAUAUCAGCAACCUAAUUCAGACCCAAGAAACCAGGUGAGCUAGAGCAGCGAUGGCCCACCUCCAGAGGCCCAGGCCCCGGGAGCGACAGCGGCAGCCCCUCACCCAGGAGGCCCAGCGCACCUUCACCGUGUCCCCCCAGCCCUGCCCCGCCCCCAGCCCUGCCCGCAGCGCCCCCUCCUGGACGAGCCGAAAAGUCACGCGGGGGAGGGGAGGCUCUCUCAGGGACCAGCUGGCUGACAGCGAGCAGCACAUCGGCAGACUGCAAGACAACCUGAGACACGAGCGAGAGAAGGCCCAGCGGCUGCAGACACGCUGCACCCAGCAGGCUGUGGACCUGCGACGCUCUGAGCAACAGAGCAACAGACUGAAGGAGAGGCUCGCAAAGCUGGCCGACGGACACAGGGGCAGGAGACCCUCGAUCGACAUUUUGAACGCCCUCGCCAGCGCCCCUGGGAAGGAAACGCCCUCCGGGAUGAGAUCCCUCGGAAGGCGGGAGGAGGAGGUGCUGCGGGUGAUGCUGGAGAGGCGGGAGGCUGAGCUGAGGGAGGACGUGCAGCUGAGACAGUGCCUCACCACCCUGCUCUGCUCCCUGCGGGCUGACAUGGAGCGGACUCUGCAAGACUGUGUGGUGGCUGGCGGUCAAGGCCUCGACUGCAAGAGGCUCAUCCAAUCGGAGGCGGCGCUGGGUGACCAUGUGACCGGGGGGGUUGUGCAAGGGUGGAGCAAGGUGCAGAAGAGGCUCGCGGACUUCAUCUCCGACGGCUUCUCCUCCGUCACCAUGGGAACGGACCAGGACAAGCUGCUGGCUCAGCUGGAGACGGACCUGGAGCAGAGCGAGCAGCUGGUCAGGCUGCAGCAGCAGCUCCUGCAGGACAACGUCGGAGCCCCUCUGCCGCCUUCCCUGGCGGACUCCUACUACCUUGAGGAGUGGGAGAGACUCCAGGCCAAGUGGGCGGAGUUUGAGAGCCAGAGGCGGAGCUUCCAGAGAGAGAGGCAAGCUUUCACAGAGGCUGCUAUUCGACUGGGCCACGAGCGGCAUCAGUUUCAGCAGCAGAAGGCAUUGCUCCUGAGACAGCAGUUCCUGUGUCACUCUCCUCUGUUGCCGCCAACACACGGCAGAAGAGACCGCAGCUCUCUGAGUAUUCCGGGGGCCGAUCGCCUGACCCUCUCCAGCUGCCAGCCGGACUCCCCCUCGUCCCUGGAGUCGGGCAUCACGCCCUGGGGGGGUCAGAGCGGGGCGCAGACCCCCAGCACCCCGGAGCUUUACUCCGCCCUGAGGAUCCCCUUUUACCGCAGGAUUUCAAUGGACAGCCCGUCUCAGGGCGACGGUUGGGAGGGUAGAGCUGAACGGGUCCUGAACCCCGCCCCGGCCCUGGACUGGUCCUUUUAGCUCGUAUUCUACCUGC